AUGGGCUGCUCAAGUAUUGUAAUGCUGAUAGCUGUUGCAUUUCUAGCAGGAGUCUUAUCACACGCCUUCCCAAAUCAAAGCCACAACUCGAAGAUAACUGCUCCAUAUGCGAAUGUUGUUUCCAGUUCUCUCUCCCAGGGAACUGCUCCAAAAAGUCUCUUAAGAUCCAGCGACUCGCGAGUCUUGACCGGAGAUAACAACGACGAGAGAGCUACCGUAUCCGGGCUAUCGAAGAUCGACAACCUGAUGCAAAGAAUUCGGAAUUCCAGAUCGGAGAAAGCGGCAGUUAAAGUGCGGCUCCAGUCCCAAGUCCAUCCUACACAACUCUUUCGAAACUUACAUCUUGGAGAGGGUGUAGCAAAGUUAGAUGGCAAUCAAAACCUCGCGCAAUGGUUCAGACUCGUUGCAGCCUACAGAAAAAAGAAUGGGAAAGAAGCGUUUUCGGACUUGGCUAUCUAUUACUUGUUGCUGAAAACAAAUAGUGAGGAGGAGGUGACAACCCUCAUUCAAUCUCUCAAGAACACCCCCGGCUUGAAGAAAAUCGGUGCGAGUAUCAGGGAACGAAAAAAUAAUAUGCGUAAAAAUUAA